AUGGAAGGCGUUAAUGCUGGAGCCCCAGAAGGGCCAGGUAUGAGGCUGGCUACUCAAGAAGACACAAUUGAAGGUGACACUAAUGAAAGUCCAUUACAGGUUCUGUCUAGCAAUGUGGCUCUUCUGGUUCCAGAGCUCUUGGACACAGCUCAGACCAAAGAGAAGGCCUUUGUUCCCAUGGUCAACAGCACACUCUAUGUGCCCACAGAGGAGUCUGAGGUCCCACAGAAGGGUGGUGACAUUCUCAAGUUCUCAGCAAACACCAUGCAGCCCAAGGAGGACAACAUCCCCAAGUCCCCAGAAGAAACCAUCCAACCCAAGCUGAGCAAUAUCCCCAAAUCCCCAAAAGAAGCCAUCCAUCCCAAGCUGGGCAGUACCCUCAAGUCCCCAAAAGAAGCCAUCCAUUCUAAGCUGAGCAGUAUCCCUGAGUCUCCAAAAGACAUCAUCCGUCCCAAGCUGGGCAGUAUCCCCAAGUCUCCAGAAGACACCACCUAUCCCAAACUGGGCAAUAUCCCCAAAUACCCAGAAAAUGCCACCCAUCCCAAAAAGGGCAGUAUCCCCAAGUCCCUAGCAAACACCAUCCAGCCCAAGCUGGGCAGUAUCCCCCAGUCUCCAGAAGACACCACCCAUCCCAAGCUAAGCAGUAUCUCGAAGUACCCAAAAGAAAUCACCCAUCCCAAGCUGAGCAGUAUCCCCAAGUCUCUAGCAAAUACCAUCCAGCCUAAACAGGGCGACAUCCUGAAAUCCUCAAUGAAAACAAUCCAGCCCAAGGAGGGUGACCUCCCCAAGUCCCCAGAAGAAAUGAUCCAGGAAGGCAAUAUCCCCAAGGCUUCAGAAAAAAUGAUCCAGUCCACGGAAGGUGAUCUCCCCAAGGAUUCAGAAGAAGCCCUCCAGCUUGAGGAAGGCAACUUCCAGAAACCCGAAGAAGAAACAGUGGAGUUCCUGGAGGUGGACAUGGUGAGAAUGAUCCUGAGCAAGGAGGACUUUGAGGCAGCACUCAAGGAGGCUGGAGAGAGGUUGGUGGCCGUGGACUUCUCGGCCACGUGGUGUGGGCCCUGCAGGACCAUCCGGCCAGUCUUCCACGCCCUGUCCGUGAAGCACGAGGACGUGGUGUUCCUGGAAGUGAACGCUGACGACUGUGAGGAGGUGGUGAAAGACUGUGCAGUCAUGUGCAUCCCAACCUUUCAGUUUUAUAAAAAAGAAGAAAAGGUGGGCGAGUUCUGUGGUGCCCUUCAGGAAAAACUUGAAGAAAUCAUUGCAGAAUUAAAGUAAUCAUAUAUUCUGAAAA